CGAUAAUUCAAUUGAAAAUGAAUUGUCUAAUUAUUUUAAGUUUAGUUGUUUUGGGUGAGAUACAUUUGAUUUUUGUGGCUGUGCUUGUUAUUUUUAUUUAAUUAUGUUUUUUUAUAUAAAUGGAUUUUAUUGUCAUUGCAGCAACACCUACAUCUGCUUGGCAAUACUUCACAGAGUUCAAAGAUUUAGUCAUGUAUGGCACCAAGUUGGAACCAAAGCAUAUCCACAGCGAAUACAUCUAUGGGGAUUGCAACCGGAAAGACAUUAUAUUUUAUACCCACGUACAUAUAGAUCAUAUGCAGGUUCUAGGGAAACUUAUUGUUAGGGGCUGGAUAGAAACAUUAAGAAUUCCUGUCUGCAUUCUACUAAGAGCGAUGUCGUACGAAUACGAUCUGUUCCGAUCUACGGCGUACAACUUCCAGAUCUGCGUCCCCAGGAUCACGUACUGCCACUCUAGGAGGCGCUUCAAGUACUUCUAUUACGAAUGGUACAUACCAAUGGACAUGAUUGGUGGCAUGGACUGGGAUAUAUACUUCUAUGGUCCUAGUACUCAAAUUUGGCAAUAAAUCAUCACACUUACUUAGAUUGACUGGGCUAACAAGGGUAAAAAGAUGGGAUAUGCUCGAAGAAUGCUGUCACUGAGCAGUUGCCAUUUUGAAGCCGGUACCUAGUUGAAUAGUUUUAGUUUUUUUAUGUACAAAAUAUCUAGGUCUGUUAGCAAAUAAAUAUAUUUUUCUUUUAUUCUUUCUUUCUUUUCUUGGUUUUGUAAAUUAAUAGUCAUGUGUCUCUUAACUUCUUUAAAUAGCGAGUAUUCAACGUUAGAAGAAUUUCUGAACUCUUUUGUUCCUGGCUAUGUGGGUUAAAAUAUAAUUUGAUUAAUAAAACGGCAUCAACCUGUGUGGUUGAUCCUCGAUCUCGUAUAUCACCUGACGUUGAAACGUUUGAUAUGAUAUCGUUGAAUGUUCAUUAAUUUUCCGAUAUGACAGGCUGCGGAUGAACAUGAAGUACGAAGCUUAUCUCAAGCUGAAAUCUGAUUGCAGCUUUUAACUAAGUAAACAUUGUAGUGCCAAGUACUAUCGCCAUUGUACGUGUUUAUCU